AUGAAUAAAGUGUUAUCCUGUGGAAAACCUCAGCUGGUAGACAUUCAGGAUACCAGUCAUCGGGUGUGGAUCCUUCAGGACAAGACACUGAUAGCAGUCCCAAGGAAGCAUCUUACGACUCCAGCCACUAUUGCCUUAAUCUCAUGCCGACAUGUGGAGACCCUUAAGAAAGACAGAGGGAACUCCGUUUACCUGGGACUGGAGAAGCCAAAGCUCUGUGUGUUCUGUGAGAAGGUUGAGGAACAGCCCACACUGCAGCUUAAGGAACAAAACAUAAUGGAUUUGUACCACCAGCCCAAGCCUGUGGAACCCUUUCUCUUCUACCACAACCAGAGUGGCAGGAACUCCACCUUUGAGUCCGUGGCUUUUCCUGGCUGGUUCAUUGCUGUCAGCUCCCAAGGAGGCAGUCCUCUGAUUCUUACCCAAGAACUGGGAAAAGUCAACACCACUGACUUUGGCAUAACUAUGCAUUAA